CGUAAGUUUGGUUCCCAAUCAAAUAGACACAAUCUACCAAAACGCAAGGAUUAUUUGCUGGCUGUAGCGUCAAUCCUACCAGAGCUAUAGAUACACACAACACACGUAUCACACACACACCAAUACACCAGUGCCACAUAUACAAAGUAAAAAGCACAGCAUGGCACGAACGGCAACUGGUAGUAACGUCGUGACGUUAUCGUCAUCCAACCCCAGAUGUGGUAGUAAUAGUGAUGCUGCUGCGGAGGCAACGGACAAUGCUAUCGUAUUCACGGUACAGAAUCCGAGUCGUUGUCAUCGUCAUCACCGGCGCCGGCCGUGGCGUGUUUGGGGAGUCGGUGUGCUAGCCAUCGUGUGGGCGUCCGCCUCGCACGCCUUGGUACCGCCGACUCGGCGCGCCGUGACGGCCGGACGCACGGAGGCACCCACCGGACGGGGACUCGGCUUUGGACAUUAUUCGUUGUUGUCGUCGUCGUCCACGACGAGUACUACGGCAACCUGCUUGGACAUGUCGAGUUCCUCCGGUGGUUCCGAGAAUCAAUCUCCGACCGAGUUUGAACUCCACGUGGGCAAAGCCCUCGAUACACUCCGCAAUGACUAUCCCAAAAUUCUUACGGAUCAACCGGACUUUUCCAUAUACCACAAGGAUAUUGAAGUGGUGGAUCCGUCGGGAGUCAAAGUACACGGCAUUAAUACCUACAAGGGUUCCUUUCGUCUCCUGCACGCGCUCGUCGCGUUCAUCUACUGCCCCUCCCGAUCCGGAUUAACCUUUCGGCUUUGCUACGACAAGGCUCGUCAGGCGAUUCGGAUUCACUGGAAUGCGCAAGUGGUGCCGCGGGAAAUAUUCGGAGGUUCCCGGACGACUCUGUACGUUGACGGGAUUUCGGUCUACGAAAUGAAUCGCGACGGAGACAUUGUGGCGCAUCGGAUCGAGCAACUGCUCAUGAAUAACACGCCCGUGCAACCCAAAGAAGGAGUCAUUGCGGCCUUGCGACAAGAACACGGUGUCAGUGUGCCCUCCUUUAUUCAAAACAUGGACAGCCGCAGCGGCAAUCACAAUAACAAUAAUAACCAACUCGUGCCCUUUCAAACGGUCAAUCCCUGGGAACGCCACCGGGAACCGCAACUUUUCUCAUUGUCCGCCAUGGAAGCGACUUCCAACGAGAAUCCUCCUACCGACAAUGGCAACAACAAUGCCAACGAGCUGUUGCACGCUCAGUAUCCCGAUCUCGAUUGGCCCGCUCUCGAGGCCAAAAACAAGAGUCGCAAAAAAUUUGGUCUCAAGCCCCUGACUCCCGAAGAGUUUCUGGCCUUGGCAACCGAAAUCCAAAAAAUGGACGCCGAGCAACAAGUCGCCGCCCAAAUGCAGCGGCAACAACGGCAAGAGGCGGCAGCGGCCAAGGAAAAGGACAAGAACAGUUUGUUCAACAAACUGUUCGGUGGUCUCCUGGAAGACACUUGCGAGAGCAACUACGAUUGCGAACGGCCCCUGGUGUGUUGUGAUUUCGGAUUCGUUCAGAAAUGCUGCAGCAGCGGAUCACGGGUGGUGGAUCUGCGUGGACAGCUGGCCCUGAUCCCCGUACCAGCCGACGUGGGAUACGGGCCGGGUGAUCUCGAUCGGAAUCCACCCCGCAACUUUUAAACGGACCCCAGCACGACCGCACUUCAUUUCAAAACAAACACCGAACGGGACCGAAAAGCUGUUUACGGACACCGAACCACACGUGCGCAUUGCGCACGACUACUCUACACGCCUACACGACCAAUUGACAUCCAUCACCCUAUUCUAGUAAAAUAUAGUACAUAGUCUUACGAAACGGUU